UGAAAGUUAACGCUAGGCGGUAUGCUGACUGAUCUUUGGUAAUUGCUGAAGAAUCGGUCAAUACAGCAUCUCUUUAGUGACUUACACCGGAAAUCUCGGUGUGGCUACGGCAGGGGGACGAAUUACAAAUGGGUUCAACGUCCUCCUGUUCUUUCUCUUAUAUAGUUGUUACCUUUUCGUAGCAAUGGCUUCUCCAACACUAAUUACUAGAACAAUUCUAAUUGUAUCCUUACUUGUCGUAGCUGUGGCUUUCUUAUUCUCAUCAUCACUUUCUCGCGCCGUAUUACCCCUUUCCAUCUGGAAACCCAUUUCCUCCAUCAUAGCUCAAUAUCAAACAUCAACAACCUCGCCUUCACCACCAAUGACGACUAAUAAAACUCCCGUUUACUUUUUCAGCCAUGGCGGUCCGGAUGUGCAAUAUAAGACGGAUCAUCCCGUCUAUCCAAUUCUCCAGAAUAUCGGGAGGGAGAUUACCAAGAAAGUGAAACCCAAAGCGGUCGUCGUUUUUUCUGGCCAUUGGGAGGCUGAACCCGAUGUCAUCGAGGUCAACACUGCUGAGCACACAGACUUGAUUUAUGACUUCUAUGGAUUCCCGCCUGAGUUUUACAAGGCACAGUAUCCCAAUAGGGGAAGCCCCGAAUUAGCCUCCAAGGUCAUUGAUCUCCUGACAAAAGCUGGCAUAAAGGCCAAAGGCGUGACCAGAGGGCUUGACCAUGGAGUGUGGUCGGGAUUUCAUGUCGCAUUCCACCCUGAAGAAAAUCCCCUCAAUGUACCCAUUGUGCAGGUGAGCUUAUACGCCAACCAAGACGUGGAUAUGCAUCACCAACUGGGGCAAGCCGUUGCUUCUCUGCGCGAUGAGAACAUCGUCAUUAUCGGCGCGGGGAUGUCAGUACAUAAUCUUAGAGACUUGUACACAACUCGGGGUGACCCGAGGCCAUUGCCUUAUACAGUAUCCUUUGAUGAAGCCUUGAAAGACGCCGUAGAGUCUCCGCCAAAUGAGCGACGGACCCGUAUGAAAGAGAUUGCUAAGCGGCCAGAUGCUAGACAAGCCCAUCCGCGGUUCGACCAUUUAAUGCCGGUAUAUGUAUCAGCUGGCGCGGCUGGUGAUGAUGAGGGAAAGAGGACGUGGACGUUACACGAAGGGAGCAUGGCGUGGGCUCAAUAUAGAUUCGGACAGGUCCCCGCAUGAUAAGAAGGUUAGCAAUAUAGGUAAUAACUGCAAUAUUGACCUAUCGUAGUUGUUGCUAGCCGCGAAACCAUAUAAGGCUACUACUAAACCUCGAUUCAGACUUAAAGCUUUCGGCCCUAUUCGGAUUACAUAGGAGCCUCUCAGACCUAGAAAUUUCAAUGAAAAGAAAGCGUCACCUUAUGCGUUUACCUGAAUAAACUUUACUUCUUACUAUAUUUAACUUUCUAUAUUUAAUUAAAGAUGAGUGACAUUUAUUUGCGAAAGAAAUUACUAUGGCAUUAAUCAGGGGUAGCUUUGAGCUAAAUCAUACCAUGGUAAUAAAAAAAGAAAGAAAAAGGGGGGGUGAGGGACACAAUUGACGUGCCUACGAACUAUCACUACUCUUGUUUACCUAGAUACAAUUCGCACAACGACUC